AUGGACGAAAAUGAGUUGCUUCCUAUUAUUGACAAAUUCCUUUCGGACACCAAUACUUCUGAGAGGGAGUUAUUUCAAUCCAGUAGCUACGAUGAUGUACUACAGGACAUCAAUACAAUUCAGUCAAUCCGGGAAUCGACGAAAAACAUGAUGAACAUGAAGCGAAUACAUUCAUUUCUCACUGGUAUGGCGCAUUUUGAGAACGUGCUAAUCAAAAUUGAGUUUCAACAUGUUACAAAGGUCAUGGCAUGCGUUUGGGGCCCGCUUCGAUAUCUUUUAGAGCUUUUUAUUGCAAUACCGGAUUGCGCAACAUUUUUGACACACAUAUACCAAGAUGUUCUUACGUUUCAUCAACUUGCGUACAAGCUUUUCUCUCUCCGGCCUACAUUAUUCCAAAAGAUAUAUAAAUCCAUCUGGAAAGCUUUGAACAAUACUUUUGAUCACCUAGCAGGUUCCUUGGAAAGCCACAGGAAAUUUAUCAUAAAGAACGGAUUGUCCUUUCGGAACCCUCAAGCUACAUUAGAUCUGGACGCCGAUUUAGCACCUGCAGGGUCUUGGCCGGACAAUGAGACAAACGUGGAAAAUGUCAGAAGGAUGUUUUUAGAAUAUCCUCAAAGCGUGAAGAAAUGCCGUGACGAUUUCAAAGAGAAGGAGGCGAGCGAGAGGAGCAAGACCAAAAAUAGAGUUCUGGCUUGGAUAUCAGCCUCAAAGAAGACGCAAUUGCUGCACAAGAAAUUCCAGGACGCGAGAAUAUGUCCAGAUACUGGCCGUUGGCUGUUCAAGAAAUAUAGCGAAGUCAGCGAUUGGAUGACUGAAGAUCCGCCACCCGAUUCUGCCAUUUGGCUACAGGGCAGUAGAGGGAAGAAGUGCGCGAUUCCUCAAGGAGGCAAAAUAUGCUACUUCUAUUGCCAAGAAGAAGACUCUGAUCAUCGUACCUAUCUUGACAUUCUGAAAGGAGUUCUUCAUCAGAUGGUCGAAUCUACUGAAUACCUCUUACCUCUCUGCAAGGAAAAUAUUGACUCAAGCGGGAAUCUAACAGACAUACCAACAGCGGAGGCUCUCCUCAAGGCUUUCUUUGAGUAUAAUACAAGGCAAUAUAUCGUCAUUGAUGGAAUUGACGAGUGCGAAAUGGUUGAAAUGCGCAAAAUUGCAAGCUUCUUCAUGGAACAGGUUGAAAAGUGCGACAACAUCAAGCAAGGCCGAUUGAGGGUCCUAUUUAUGAGUCAGUCAAUUCCAGACCUGACCAAAGCCAAAAUUAUGCCAGAGGAUGAUGCAUGCGUGCAACUUAAGGCAACCGACAAUGCAGAAGACAUCAGGUCUUAUGUGAAGAAGAGGAUUCCAGACUUUUCUGAAGGACGCGCGACAAGCAGUGGCUUUAACCUUUCUGAAAGCGACAAAGAGGAAAUUGAGAGUAUUAUAUGUCGCCGAAGUGAAGAAAUGUUUCUAUAUGCCCAUCUGGCGAUUGAGUAUCUUCUACAGCAACCAACGAAAGAGAAAUUGAAAGAGAAAAUAAAAGAAGAAAUGGCGCCUAAGGAACUCUCACAGAUAUACGAAAAGCUUGUGGGGAUUGUCAAAACCGAGUUAUUGAAGCUAGCCGAAGGGGAAGCCCACUGGAAGAUGGCAAGGCAACUUCUAGGCUGGUUGAUCUGCGCCAAGCGUCCCCUCAAAUGGCAUGAAAUGCAAUCAAUUCUGUCUUAUGUCCCCGAACAACAAAAAGUUGAUUUUGAUAACAAGAUGUUGAGGCAACAUUCUAGCAAAUAUCUUGGAUCUCUGGUGCAUGUCCUUGAAGGCGGCCACAUCCGGAUUGUUCAUUCUACAGCGCGGAGCGCCUCUAAAACGUAUGAGGAAAAUGAGCGGCUAGAAAAAGUCAAGCUUGGCUGGUUUUCUUUUCAGGAUUAUGCCUGCUCUCAAUGGCAUAGUCACAUUAGUACGGUGAUUUCGAAUUGCGGAGACCUCUUUCAUGACGGUGAUGAUAGUCAGAGCUAUCAAGAGGAUUUUGGAUCUGCACUGCAGGAGUUUGUGGACCAAAAUGGUGGGGAUCUCACGAAAGAGACUCACAAGCACUUUGAAGAUAAGUGGCCAAAUGAAUUCGACAGAUUCUCAGAACUCCCGUUCUAUGAAAACCUUUGCACCUUGUGGAAUCAUAUUUACACUCAUCAGAGAGAGAAAUUCGAAAUCCGUAACACAGUUGGUAUUGCGGGAAUCGAGAAGGCUAUGCUCGAUAAUAGAGCCUCGUUAGAGACCAACUUCGUUCCUAGCGGAAAAACCUGCCUCAAUGAUACGAUAGCGGAUUACUAUGGCCCCAAUCUCUUCAAAUGCAAUCGCCUCUUGUGCGAUUUUUUUCAUGUAGGCUAUGACAACAAAGAAGAUCGCGAAGCCCACAACAACCGUCAUGACAGACCAUAUCAGUGUGCCUCGCGGUGUAAUGCAGCUCCAAUCGGAUUCACCUCCAAGAAGGAUCUGGACAGGCAUAUGCGUUCUUAUCACCCUGAUUCAACCAAUGGACCGGCUACAUUCGAAUCAUUACGUCCCAGGACUGGCACGAGAGAAUUCCCUUGCAGCAUAUGUGGCAAGAAGUUUACAAGGAAGAUUACCCAGACCGGCCACGAGAGAAGCCAUUUUGGAGAGCGCCCGUACAAGUGUCCACAUAUGGGUUGCGAUAAGGCUUUUACGAGAGCGAGCGAUUGCCAAAGACACCAAAGGAUUCAUUCAAGAAGAGCAGGAUAA